CACAGGAAUUACUGUAAUUACAGAGAGAGCCUGACUUACAAUGGGGGAUGACAGUGAGUGGAUGAAACUGCCCAUUGACCAGAAAUGCGAACACAAGCUGUGGAAAGCAAGAUUAAAUGGUUAUGAAGAAGCCCUUAAGCUUUUCCAGAAGAUAGAUGACGAAAAGAGUCCCGAAUGGUCCAAGUAUCUUGGAUUGAUAAAGAAAUUUGUGACAGACUCCAAUGCAGUGGCUCAGCUGAAAGGACUGGAAGCAGCGCUUGCUUAUGUUGAAAAUGCUCAUGUAGCUGGGAAGACAACCGGAGAAGUAGCAUCUGGAGUUGUAAAUAAGGUGUUCAAUCAGCCGAAAGCCAGAGCCAAAGAGCUGGGUCUAGAUAUAUGUCUAAUGUAUAUAGAAAUCGAGAAAGGGGAGGUGAUACAAGAAGAAUUAUUAAAGGGUCUGGACAACAAAAACCCAAAAAUCAUAGUAGCAUGUAUAGAGACACUGAGGAAAGCACUAAGUGAAUUUGGUUCAAAAAUAAUCUCACUGAAGCCAAUCAUCAAAGUAUUGCCAAAACUUUUUGAAUCUCGGGAAAAGGCUGUUCGAGAUGAAGCCAAGCUCCUUGCUGUGGAGAUCUACCGUUGGAUAAGGGAUGCUUUGAGACCUCCAUUGCAGAACAUAAAUUCUGUUCAGCUAAAAGAACUGGAAGAAGAGUGGAUCAAAGUGUCAUCAGCUGUUCCUAGGCAGACCAGGUUCCUACGUUCCCAACAGGAGCUGAAGGCAAAGUUUGAGCAGCAGCAGGCAGUUGGAGGGGAUGCAGAUGGAGGAGGUGAUGAUGAGGAAGAGACGGUACCACAAGUAGAUGCAUAUGAGUUGCUUGAAGCUGUAGAAAUUCUUUCCAAGCUUCCCAAAGACUUCUAUGAGAAAAUAGAAGCAAAAAAGUGGCAAGAAAGGAAAGAAGCUCUAGAGGCUGUUGAACUAUUAGUGAAAAAUCCAAAGUUGGAAUCAGGAGACUAUGCAGACUUGGUGAAAGUUCUCAAAAAGGUUGUUGGAAAGGAUACAAAUGUUAUGUUAGUAGCUUUGGCUGCCAAAUGCCUUGCUGGACUAGCUACUGGCCUCCGAAAGAAAUUUGGACAGUAUGCAGGGCAUGUUGUUCCAACAAUCCUGGAGAAAUUUAAAGAGAAGAAACCUCAGGUAGUGCAGGCACUUCAGGAGGCCAUUGAUGCAAUCUUUCUUACAACCACACUGCAGAACCUAAGUGAAGAUAUUUUGGCAGUCAUGGACAACAAAAACCCAACAAUUAAGCAACAAACAUCCCUUUUCAUUGCAAGAAGCUUCCGACACUGCACACCUUCUACUCUACCAAAAAGCCUGUUAAAACCUUUCUGUGCUGCACUUCUCAAGCAUAUCAAUGAUUCUGCUCCUGAAGUAAGAGAUGCUGGAUUUGAAGCAUUAGGCACUGCCUUGAAGGUGGCUGGAGAAAAAGCUGUGAAUCCUUUUCUAGCAGAUGUAGACAAACUAAAGCUUGAUCGGAUUAAAGAGUGCGCUGAGAAGGUAGAACUGGUUUAUGGUAAAAAGACAGGAGGAGCUGCUGAGAAAAGAGAAGGCAAGCCUGUUGCUGGAAAGACUGCUGCUCUUCCAGGGCCUGGAGCAGAUAAAGAAACAAAAGAUGCAGCAACUAAAGCAGGACCACUGAAAAAAGCAUCCGCUGUGAAGUCUGGGGUCCCACCCAAGAAAGGCAAACCAGCUACAGCUGCAGGUGCAGGAGGUGCUGGGGCUAAAGGCAAGAAGGGUCCUGAGACCAAAGAAAUAUUUGAGUCAGAGCUAUCUAUGGAAGUAUGUGAAGAGAAAGCUGCUGCUGUCCUUCCAGCUUCUUGUAUUCAGCAGUUGGACAGUGGUAACUGGAAAGAGAGGCUUGCCUGCAUGGAGGAGUUUCAGAAGGCUGUUGAGCUUAUGGAGAGAAGUGAAAUGCCUUGCCAAGCUCUAGUAAGAAUGCUGGCCAAGAAACCUGGUUGGAAGGAAACGAAUUUUCAGGUGAUGCAAAUGAAGCUGCAUAUAGUUGCAUUGAUUGCACAAAAAGGAAACUUCUCCAAAACUUCAGCACAGGUUGUGCUGGAUGGUCUUGUAGACAAGGUCGGCGAUGUGAAAUGUGGGAGUAAUGCAAAAGAAGCCAUGACAGCAAUAGCAGAAGCAUGUCAGUUGCCAUGGACUGCUGAGCAGGUUGUGGCUACGGCUUUCUCUCAGAAGAAUCCUAAAAACCAGUCAGAAACUUUGAACUGGCUUUCAAAUGCAAUUAAAGAGUUUGGCUUUUCUGGACUGAAUGUCAAAGCUUUCAUCAGUAACGUGAAGACAGCUCUUGCUGCAACUAACCCAGCUGUGAGGACUUCUGCCAUUACGUUGCUGGGAGUAAUGUAUCUUUAUGUGGGACCUCCUCUGCGAAUGUUUUUUGAGGAUGAGAAGCCAGCCCUUCUCUCCCAGAUAGAUGCAGAAUUUGAAAAGAUGCAAGGCCAGACAGCACCAACUCCAACUCGUGGCAUUUCCAGGCACAGUGCAGGAGGUGGGGAUGAUGCUGAGGAAGAAGAACAAGAGGAAGUUGGGAAUGAUGUUGUGGAUCUCUUGCCAAGAACAGAUAUUGGUGAUAAGAUCACAGCUGAACUAGUGUCUAAGAUUGGGGAUAAAAACUGGAAGAUCAGAAAAGAAGGUCUAGAUGAAGUGACAAGCAUAUUAAAUGAAGCAAAGUUCAUACAUCCAAACAUAGGAGAACUUCCAGCUGCUCUGAAGAAUCGUCUCAAUGACUCCAAUAAAAUCUUGGUGCAACAAACACUGAGCAUUCUUCAGCAGCUAGCAACAGCAAUGGGUCCCAAUAUCAAACAGCAUGUGAAAAAUUUGGGGAUUCCUGUCAUUACAGUCCUAGGAGAUAGUAAGAAUAAUGUUCGUGCUGCUGCAUUAGCAACUGUGAAUGCCUGGGCUGAACAAACUGGCAUGAAAGAGUGGUUGGAAGGGGAAGACCUGUCUGAGGAGCUCAAAAAAGAAAAUCCUUUCCUAAGGCAAGAGCUUCUUGGUUGGUUGGCUGAGAAGUUGCCUACCCUCCGCUCUGUUCCUUCUGACCUACUCUUGUGCGUGCCUCACCUGUACUCCUGCCUUGAAGAUCGAAACGGGGAUGUGCGCAAAAAGGCACAGGAUGCCCUGCCGUUCUUUAUGAUGCAUCUUGGCUUUGAGAAGAUGGCAAAAGCCACUGGCAAGCUGAAGCCAACUUCCAAAGACCAAGUACUGGCCAUGCUUGAGAAAGCCAAAACCAACAUGCCAGCCAAACCAGCUCCCCCUGCUAAAUCAUCUUCCAGAGUGGUAGGGGGAACAGCUCCAGCCAAAUUCCAACCUGGGUCAGCAUUUGCUGAUGACUUGGGGUCUAAUACCAUGGAAUCCAAGCCUGAUCCCAAAAAAGCCAAAGCAGGAGGACUGUCCUCUAAAACUAAGGGUGUACAAGGGAAGAAAGUGCUAAGCAAGCCUAAUUUGAAGGAAGACGAUGAUAAAUCAGGUCCUAUUUUUAUCAUAGUCCCAAAUGGAAAAGAACAGAGGAUGAAAGAGGAGAAAGGUCUGAAGGUGUUAAAGUGGAAUUUCACUACUCCCCGUGAUGAAUAUAUUGAACAGCUAAAAACUCAGAUGUCCACUUGUGUGGCCAAAUGGCUACAGGAUGAGAUGUUUCAUGCAGACUUUCAGCACCACAACAAAGCACUGGCUGUUAUGAUUGAGCACUUGGAGAGUGAAAAAGACGGAGUCAUCAGCUGCCUGGAUUUGAUCUUAAAAUGGCUUACCCUGCGGUUCUUUGAUACCAAUACAAGUGUUUUGAUGAAAACACUUGAAUACCUUAAAUUGCUUUUCAAUAUGCUGAGUCAAGAAGAGUAUCACCUCACUGAAAAUGAAGCAUCCUCUUUCAUUCCGUAUCUUAUCCUAAAGGUAGGAGAACCGAAAGAUGUCAUCCGCAAAGAUGUACGUGCCAUUCUGAACAGGAUGUGUCUCAUCUAUCCAGCCAGCAAGAUGUUCCCUUUCAUCAUGGAGGGGACAAAAUCCAAAAACUCAAAACAACGUGCAGAAUGCUUGGAAGAGCUUGGAUGCCUGGUUGAAUCAUAUGGCAUGAAUGUAUGCCAGCCAACUCCAGGGAAAGCUUUAAAAGAAAUGGCAACUCAUAUUGGUGAUAGGGACAACACCGUGCGCAAUGCUGCACUCAACACCAUUGUGACUGUCUAUAACGUUCAUGGUGAUCAAGUGUUCAAGCUGAUUGGAAAUCUUUCUGAGAAAGACAUGAGCAUGCUGGAGGAAAGAAUAAAACGGUCAGCCAAGAGACCCUCUGCGGCUCCUGUGAGACAGGCAGAGGAGAAACCUCAACGUACUCAAAACAUCAGUGCUAACGCUGGCAUGAUGCGGAAGGGGCCAGCUGAGGACAUGUCCUCCAAGCUCAACCAAAAUCGCAACAUGGGCAGUCACUCUGAGACAACACAUACUGUUCCGCGGGAAUUUCAGCUGGAUCUUGAUGAAAUUGAAAAUGACAACGGAACUGUCAGAUGUGAGAUGCCAGCACUUGUGCAGCACAAACUAGAUGACAUUUUUGAGCCAGUCUUGAUUCCUGAGCCCAAAAUUCGUGCUGUGUCCCCACACUUUGAUGACAUGCACAGUAACACAGCUUCUACUAUCAACUUUGUCAUUUCCCAAGUAGCCAGUGGUGAUAUAAAUACAAGCAUUCAGGCUCUGACACAGAUUGAUGAGGUGCUCAAACAGGAGGACAAAGCAGAAGCUAUGUCUGGCCACAUUGACCAAUUCCUAAUAGCUACCUUUAUGCAGCUUCGGCUAAUCUACAACACGCACAUGGCAGAUGAGAAGCUGGACAAAGAUGAGAUAGUCAGACUUUACAGCUGUAUUAUUGGGAGCAUGAUCACGCUAUUUCAGAUAGAGAGUCUGGCUCGAGAGGCCUCCACUGGUGUGCUUAAAGACCUAAUGCAUGGUCUUAUUACAUUAAUGCUGGAUUCUCGGGUUGAAGACCUUGAGGAGGGGGAGCAGGUCAUCCGAUCAGUCAACCUCUUGGUAGUGAAAGUUCUGGAGAAGUCUGACCAGACCAACAUCUUGAGUGCUCUACUUGUUUUGCUCCAAGACAGUCUUCUAGCAACAGCCAGCUCUCCUAAGUUUUCAGAACUUGUCAUGAAGUGUCUGUGGAGAAUGGUGCGUCUUCUUCCGGAAACCAUUAAUAGCAUAAAUCUGGAUCGGAUUCUGCUGGAUAUCCACAUUUUCAUGAAGGUCUUUCCCAAAGAGAAGCUGAAGCAAUGUAAGAGUGAUUUUCCUAUAAGGACAUUGAAGACUCUGCUUCACACCCUGUGCAAGUUGAAAGGACCCAAGAUCUUAGAUCAUUUAACAAUGAUAGACAACAAAAACGAGUCUGAACUAGAAGCUCACCUUUGUAGAGUAAUGAAACACUCCAUGGAUCAGAGUGGAAAAGCUGAUAAGGAUACAGAAAAAGGAGCUUCUCGCAUAGAGGAAAAGGCUUCAAAAGCCAAGGUGAAUGAUAUUUUGGCAGAAAUAUUUAAGAAGAUUGGCUCAAAGGAGAACACCAAGGAGGGUCUAGCAGAGCUAUACGAAUAUAAAAAGAAAUAUUCUGAUGCAGACAUUGAGCCCUUCCUGAAAAACUCCUCUCAGUUCUUCCAGAGUUAUGUGGAAAGAGGCCUCCGAUUGAUAGAAACAGAACGUGAGGGGAAAGGACGCAUUGCUCCUUCUACAGGAAUUUCUUCUCAGAUGGAAGGAACAUGUGUUCCUGUGUCUACCCACACUGUAUCUUCCUCUAUAGGAAACACAAAUGGGGAGGAAGUGGGGCCUUCAGUUUAUUUGGAAAGACUAAAAAUCCUCAGGCAGCGUUGUGGCCUUGACAACGCAAAGCAGGAAGACAGACCCCCUCUGACGUCUCUGCUCUCUAAACCUACACUCCCUACAGUUGCAUCCUCUACAGAUAUGCUUCACAGUAAGCUCUCCCAGCUCCGUGAGUCCCGGGAGCAGUACCAACAUCUGGACCUGGACUGCAAUCAGACUCAUUCCUCUGGCAUUGGAACUACUCUGGCUUCACCUUCUUCUGCAGCAGCCAAUAUUGAUGACUUGAAAAAAAGAUUGGAGAGAAUAAAAAGCAGUCGCAAAUAGAGAAGCAAUGCUGUUGCUUGGGGCUGUCUUCAGCUUUAGUUUACUAAACUAGAAGUCUUCAUAGUUAAAUGGCCUCGUUUAGGCCUAAUGUAUACAAACUGGUUUAUGUAUAAUACAGUGGAUUUUGGGGGGUUGAGUCAUUGUGGCACAAGUAUUUGUACAUACUCUGCUUCUCAGUGAGCAUCUCUUUGACAAUAGAAGGCUGUCUGUGUAUUAGUUUUAGUGUACAGACCUGUAAACAACCAUCCUGCUCACACUAGUUUCUCAUAACUUGGGGUUUUUAUUUGUAAAAUUGUCUUUAAGAUUUUUUCCUAGUUCUUAACUCUUAGAAGAUCUUUAGUGAUUUCACUUUUAAUUUUGUGAAUUCUUCUCCAUGUAAUCCUUGAACUGUUGAUUCUGUAUGGACACAUGGCAUGAAGUAACUAAUUUAAGUGUCUUUUGUAAAUAAAGUUUGCAUUAACUAUACC